CGCAGCUCAGCACCAUCAUCAAUCGGUAGUUCUUGUUCAACAUGUUCACAGGCCUCGUUGAAGCAGUAGGGACCGUGACGUCUCUGGAGGACCUCGAUCGCUCAUCGAGCGGGGGCGGGGGAACCUCGUUGACGAUAUCGGAUUGCAAUGUGAUCCUUACAGAUGCGCAUUUGGGCGACAGUAUAAGCGUUAAUGGAACAUGCCUCACCGUCACAGAGUUCGACGAGAAGAGCUUCAAAGUCGGCGUUGCCCCCGAGACUCUCCGCCGCACCAACCUCGGUUCUCUCAAGCAAAACGAUAAAGUGAAUCUUGAACGCGCAGUCUCGGCGAAUACCCGACUGGGCGGCCACGUUGUGCAGGGCCAUGUCGAUACCGUUGCUAAGAUCCUUUCUGUUACCCCCGACGGCAAUGCGCUCACCUUCCGUUUUCAACCUCGAGAGAAAGAUGUAUUGAGGUAUAUCGUGGAGAAGGGAUUCAUUACGAUCGAUGGGGCCAGUUUGACUGUUACCAAGGUCGUUGAUGGGGAUGAUGGGUUCUGGGAGGUGAUGCUCAUUGCCUACACGCAGGAGAAGGUCGUGACCGCAACCAAGAAGCCAGGGGACUAUGUGAACGUUGAGAUUGAUCUCGUCGGUAAGUACGUGGAAAAGAGUGUCAACGCAUACCUUGGGGGGGUCUCUGGAGGGGAUUUUGCAGUGCUUGAGAAAAUGGUUGGAAGGAUUGUGGAAGAAAAGCUCAAAAGGUAGCUAUCUUUUUACUCUUUUUAUGGAACGAUGCUAUGACCAAUUUUCUACCUGUAAUCGUGCAAAUCAAUAUAAACGAAAUAAGGAAAGCUUCAGAUUCGAUA